CAACCUCACACUUACUCCCAUCACCCCCCUUUGGCACUCGCACACCUCUUCCACCGUCGUAGAAGCAUUGCACAGAUUGCACAACCGCACCUGCAGAUACCCGAAGAGACCAGACAUCACAUCCACUUCUUCCCCUGAACCCGCCCCCCCCAAAUAUCUUAAUCGACAAUGGGUCUCUCUGUAUCUCGACUGCUUAGUGGACUGUUCGGAAAGAAGGAGAUGCGUAUUCUCAUGGUCGGACUCGAUGCCGCCGGUAAGACCACCAUUCUCUACAAGCUGAAGCUCGGAGAGAUCGUCACCACCAUCCCCACCAUCGGUUUCAACGUCGAGACUGUCGAGUACAAGAACAUCUCCUUCACCGUGUGGGAUGUGGGAGGACAGGACAAGAUCCGACCUCUCUGGAGGCACUACUUCCAAAACACUCAGGGUAUCAUCUUCGUCGUCGACUCGAACGACCGAGAGCGUGUAUCCGAGGCCCGUGAGGAGCUGCAGCGAAUGCUCAACGAGGACGAGCUGCGAGACGCCCUCCUGCUGGUCUUUGCCAACAAGCAAGAUUUGCCAAAUGCAAUGAACGCCGCCGAGAUCACCGACAAGCUCGGCCUACACAGCUUGAGGCAGAGGCAGUGGUUCAUCCAAGCGACUUGCGCUACUUCCGGAGACGGUCUGUACGAGGGUCUGGAGUGGCUCAGCACCAACCUCAAGCGACGUGCUUGAGCGUUGUAAAGUCGUGGUUUGAUGCUAGGCAGAAGGAGAGGCGAAGCUUGGGCAUUGCGAGGAACUGGUGGGCGGGGGGAAGUGUCCGCUUGCUCGCUUUUUGAUGCUGGAGAGGAUGAGUUGGGGCCCAGUCGGGACAGGGUCGGUAGAUGGGACGGCGGACUUGCGAGGGACAGCGUCGCCUUCGCUAGUGUGGACACGUUGGGCGACGGUGCAGGUGGGGCCAGUAGCGGCAGGUAUUGCGUGCGAGUUCAGAGCUCUUGCCCUCUCCUUUCUCUGAGUCAACGCUCCCGCCGCACACCCCUCUCGCUCUCUCCCUCCCUCCCUCUUCCUUCGCAUAAAUCCCG